UGUAAAACGCGGGCUAACUUGUGUCAAAUUACUAUCAAAGAUCACCGGAAAGAAAAUAAAUAUUUGCCUGAAUGUGGUCGAGUGACGGGUUUUGUGUUAGAAAAUUUUUCUUUUCGAGUGAUAUUAUCCUGAUUGCAAAGGUCAUGUGAUUACCCAGUGAGUGACAAAGGGGAAUUAAGCUCUGGGUCAAUUGUCAAAGAACAUUGCACUUGCAUAAUGCUCCUACUUCAAUUUAUAAUUCCCUGGAACAGUAGAUAAUGGCCUCUGCAGGUGAUAGCAAUGAUCCAACAGAUAUCAACGGUGUUUUGGAAAAUUUGGGAAGCUUAAUUGGUGAAUUGGAUGCAUGUGUCACAGAAACUGGUGGAAAGGCUGUUACCAGUGAAGUGGAAGACAAUCAAAAUUUUGAUGUACAUUUGGAGUCCUUGCUAGCUGACACAGAUGAGUUUGAUGAUGAUGAUGAUGAGUAUCAGUGUCUUAUUCCUCAUCAAAGAUCAUCUUCACACAGAACAACGACCAGUAUCAUCAAUCACACUCAUAACAAGAGCCCAAUGGAAAGAGCAGUCAGUUCAACUCGUACUUUCCCCCAACAAUCACUUAAUUCAAACUCUGGCUCUAUAAACAGGACACAGGAAAACCAGUACUCCACUCCACCAAAUAGGAGUAGUCAUAAGGGUGCUUCCAAAGAGGUUGCCCUUAGUGUAGAGUUGCAUGGAAGUUUCAAACGAGUCGAUGAAAGUUCAGUUACUGCUUCAGCUCAGAAGAAUGCCACACCCAAUCACAAUGCAGCUCCCCAUGUCAAAGCGCAGCCUAAUCAUUAUGUUGGGCCCAGUGAACUUGGUUUUAAUAGACACAAUCCUGCAAAGUCUGGUGCUACGACAAACGGAAUAAUGCCCUGCAGUCAGCAACUCACAAAACAAGAAAAACAUAAAAUGCAGCAUGUAACAGUGGUAGUUUUUGAUGAGGAUGGCAAUCCUGUUGGAUUGGAAGUUUCAUCCUCCAUGAAGGCUCGUGAAGCCUGUUACAGGUUAACAAUGUUAAACAAAGUUGAGGAUGAUCCUCAAUGGGUGCUGACAGAAUAUCUGACGGACCUAGGCAUUGAGCGAACCUUAGAGGAUCAUGAAAAUUUGAUGUCCAUAUUGAAAACAUGGGCACCAAGUUCAAACAACAAGUUGAUGUUUAGAAAAGACCCUAGAAAGUACCAUUUCUUCGCACACACAACUAAUUAUUUUCCAUCACAUUUGUUGGACUCUGAGAGUUCAGACAAAGCAGUCACAGAGAAAGCACAGAAGGCAAAGACAAUCUUACAACAGAAACUCUUCAGUACCUGUACCAGAGUUCCAGAAAUAGAGGGGAUUUUACAUUGCAAGGAUUUUGGAAAGAAGUCAUGGAGCAAGAAAUUCUUCUUCCUGAGAGGAUCAGGGCUUUAUUCUUCCAGUAAAGGAAAGUCAAAGGCCUCUAAAGAUUUGGAAUGCUAUGUUCAAUUUGAUGGAGCAAACUUGUACAACAUUAUAAAUCCUAAAAAGUUUCAUAAAGCGCCAGCAGAGUUCUGUUUUUGUAUUGUGCCGCACAGAGCCCGAGAGUUGAAGGAGCUGAAGUGUCUUUCCACUGAUGAUGAGAAAACAAUGAUGAGUUGGAUGAUGGCUGUCAGAAUAGCUAAGUUUGGACCUCAACUCCGCCAAAAUUACGACGACAUGAUACGAAAGUUUGCCAAGCUAACGAAGUACCGUGAACAGAGUUCGGAAAGUCAGGACGUUUCAAGCGAGAAGGAAGACGAAGGCAUGAAAGAAACCACAAGAGAGGGACGAGUUCCAAUGGAUUUUACCGGUGAAAGAGGAAAAGUCAUUACGGAUUUAAACGAAAUCCAACAACUGGCUAACAUAAGAAACAACGCAAAACUAAGUAAACGCAUGUCAUCUGAACAUUUCAUCCCAAACCACACCGUUACCUCCGGGCACCAUUUUGUCAAUGAACCAUGGUUUCACGGGAGAAUAACAAGAGAACACUCGCUUCACUUGCUUGUUGCUGCAGGAAUAGACGACGGGUUGUUCCUUGUGCGCGAAAGCAGCAGCGUUCCCGGCGUGUUUGUGUUAACGUUUUGCAUGAACAGAAAAGUCUACCACUGUCAGCUUGUUGAGGACAUCGGCCAGGGAAGCACAACGUUCUUUAGUCUUGGCAAGGGACCAGCAUUUGAGACCUUGCGUCAACUGAUUUACUUUUACCAACAGAAACCAAUCAAUGGCGUUACUCUGGCCCUGCGCACACCGUGCCCCAAAUCAGGAUAAUGGGACAAACUGCGACCUGUUAGUUGUCCUGUGGUAGAUCACGUGGUCUUUCAAAAACACGUUGGAAACACACUGUUCUCUCUUUGAACUGUGACGUGUCACUUUCGACUUCAAGAUUUCAGGAUUUGACAUGAAUAGCCAAAGCGAAACAAUGAAAUCAAUUCGAUUGAACAUAAUGAUUUUAAUUAGCACUGUUUACUGCUGCUAAGCAUGUAAAUUGUAAACUGAGUACCACAGUCAUCUACGUAAAGUAUGGGGAAUGUUUUCGCUUUUAAUCGAUUCAGUUUCUAAUCGUUUCGCACUCUUGUAGAUUAAAUAAUAACCAAGCACGACAAUUUCACAUCCCUUUUCGGUUUUCUUAUCUGUUACUACAUUGAUACCAUUUUGACUCCUUCCACUUGAUAGAGGAACAAACUUUUCUUCUUACGGUAGAAGUUACGCACGAAGAAAUAUAAAAAAUUCGUUGACAAAAGAUCUUUGAAAUGUAAAAAAUACGCAAUUUACAUCCUUUUAAAUGAAACAAAAUGACUGGAUAUGCAUGGAUGAUAUAUUUAGUGAAACCUUUUAAUUCAGAUGCACCUCGCGAAUAUGACCAUGGAUAUGAAUGGAUGAUAUAUAUAGUGAAACCUUUUAAUUCAGAUGCACCACGCGAAGAUGAAUGAAAGACUUGUAAAUAGUUUUAUCAAAGGUGAUGAUAUAAAGAAUUAAAAUGUUCUCAGUCCUAUUGAUA